UCUCCAUUCGAUGGUGCCGGAUAUGCCUGCCCAUUGAGUAUUUUGUGGUUGUCUUUAAAAUAUCGUUAAAAUCAUGAUAGUUUUUCAACAACACUAUAUGUUUUUUUGUGCGUAUUGCUUAAAAUCACAAGCAAGUAAUGGCUUUAAAAUAGCCUUUUUAAAUGUCAUGAGGACUUUUCUUUUAUCAAAAUGACUUAGUCUGCUUCUUUGAUUUAAAGUUUGGAAAUCUGAAGUCAUGUAGACUGAUGUGAUCUCCUACACCAUCUAGAUCAGAAUGGAGGAUGAAUCACCAACACUAAAACCCCGUCGAAUCCAAAAUCAAAAUGUUGUCUACAGGCUUGAGCGACGUCGGAUCUGUUCAGGUCCACCAGGAGCCCACUGGUAUCGCAUGCGCUGCUUCCAUCAGAAUAUGUUCCCAAACUUCACUGUGGUCAAUGUUGAAAAGCCACCAUGCUUUCUGCGGAAAUUCUCUCCUGAUGGACGAUGCUUCAUUGCUUUCUCCUCUGAUCAGACAUCUCUGGAAAUUUACGAGUACCAAGGUUGUCAGGCAGCAGAAGACCUUCUCUGGGGCCUGGAAGGGGAGACUUUGGCCAAUGGCAAUGACCAGCGUUCCUUGAACAUUCGUGGACGAUUGUUUGAGCGUUUCUUUUCCUUGAUGCAUGUUACAAAUGUUGCUUCUAAUGGAGAACAUCUCAAUCGAGAGUGCAGUCUCUUUACUGAUGACUGUCGAUAUGUGAUUGUGGGUUCUGCUGCUUACCUUCCUGAGGAGCCACAGCCACAUUUUUUUGAAGUGUAUCGAAACAAUGAGUCCGUGACUCCCAAUCCACGUUCACCAUUGGAGGACUAUUCUCUACAUAUUAUUGACCUACAUACUGGGCGCCUUUGUGAUACUCGCACAUUCAAAUGUGACAAAAUAAUAUUGUCCCACAACCAGGGCCUCUACCUCUAUCGCAACAUACUAGCUGUUCUUUCUGUACAGCAGCAGACAAUACAUGUUUUCCAGAUAACACCAGAGGGCAUGUUCUUAGAUGUCCGAACAAUAGGUCGGUUCUGCUAUGAGGAUGACCUUCUCACCCUUUCUGCUGUAUACCCUGAAGCACAAUCAGAAGGUCAGACAGGCUUUUCUCGUCUUUACAAGGAGAAAACCAUCAACUCUCUGAAACACAGACUUUUGGUUUACCUCUGGCGUCGUGCGGAGCAGGAUGGCAGUGCCAUGGCUAAGCGCAGGUUCUUUCAGUAUUUUGAUCAACUGAGACAACUUCGUAUGUGGAAAAUGCAGCUGCUGGAUAAAAACCACCUUUUUGUGAAAUACACAAGUGAAGAUGUGGUGACUUUGCGAGUUACUGAUCCCUCACAGCCCUCCUUCUUUGUGGUUUACAAUAUGGUGACAACAGAAGUACUGGCAGUAUAUGAAAACACGUCAGACGAGCUUCUUGAACUUUUUGAAAACUUCUGUGACCUCUUCCGUAAUGCCACACUACAUAGUGAUGCUGUUCAGUUCCCAUGUUCUGCCUCCAGCAACAAUUUUGCACGUCAGGUGCAAAGAAGGUUUAAGGACACUAUUGUAAAUGCAAAGUAUGGUGGUCAUACUGAAGCGGUUAGAAGGCUUCUUGGUCAACUACCGAUUAGUGCCCAGUCCUACAGCAGCAGCCCUUACCUAGACCUCUCUCUCUUUAGCUACGAUGACAAGUGGGUGUCUGUAAUGGAGCGACCCAAGACCUGUGGCGACCAUCCUAUCAGGUUUUAUGCCCGUGACUCUGGUCUUCUUAAAUUUAAAAUCCAGGCUGGACUUUUGGGACGACCUGUCAACCACAACGUGCGCAGACUUGUAGCCUUCACUUUUCAUCCAUUUGAACCCUUUGCCAUCUCUGUGCAGCGCACAAAUGCCGAGUAUGUUGUCAAUUUCCAUAUGCGGCACGUGAGUGUCUAAGGGAUGGUUUAUGUGAGUCCAGGGAAGGCUUGCAGUUUUUACUGGAGUUAAAAACUGCAUUAGAAAUUGCACAUUCACUGGAUUAUUAAAAAUGUUUUUAAUUCUUUAGAAUGUUUACAGAGAUGAGGCGGCACGGUGGCGCAGUGGUAGCACUGCUGCCUCGCAGUUAGGAGACCCGGGUUCGCUUCCCGGGUCUACCCUGCGUGGAGUUUGCAUGUUCUCCCUGUGUCUGCGUGGGUUUCCUCCCACGGUCCAAAGACAUGCAGGUUAGGUGGAUUGGCGAUUCUUAAUUGGCCCUAGUGUGUGUUUGGUGUGUGGGUGUGUUUGUGUGUGUCCUGCGGUGGGUUGGCACCCUGCCCGGGAUUGGUUCCCUGCCUUGUGCCCUAUGUUGGCUGGGAUUGGCUCCAGCAGACCCCCGUGACCCUGUGUUCGGAUUCAGCGGGUUGGAAAAUGGAUGGAUGGAUGUUUACAGAGAUAAGGUUAACUAAAACUUGCAGAUAUGAAUAGAUUCUUCCCAGAGACUUUCAAGGUAAAAGAAGAAUGUUGAUGGAAUUACAGAAGUAUUCAGGAGAGUUUAUAUAUUCAUCAGUUGUUGGAUUACCUGCUUUCAUGGACAUUAUACCAAAAAAUUGAAGAUAAACAUCUUUUUUUGCAUCCUGCUCCUAAUCUAAGUUGAUUGAAACAUUCAUUGUUUGGUUUUCAUGCAUUGAAUCAAGGAAAUAUUUUCUGUUAUAAUAAACAUGUCCUCUAUAUAUUCAAUUUAAACACUUUUUUUUUUUAAGUUUUUCUUUUAACCCUAGACAUAUGUUCUGAACAAACAAGUAUUGAAAUCAAGUUUAUUUGUAAACUGUUUUAUUAACAUUUGAAUAAGUAAAACUCAUAUAAAGUCUUUGUUAUUCUUUUCAAAUCUGAUGUUUGUGUUUCAGGUUCCCCGUAAGUGGAUAUCUUAUCUUCUUUGUUAGCUUCAUUCACUUAGAAGUUAGUUUUAGCAAUAUAAAUCUGGAAUAAAAAUUAUGUAUUUUUUUUUAAUAUACACGGUGCAUAAUGUUUUAUUGGUAUUAAUUGCAAUAUGUUUUAUAUUAAACAAAACUUUUUUGAAUGCAGCUGCCAGUGUUUUCCUACUAUUUUUUUUUUUUUUUU